AUGUCAAAUAUAAAGAGCGGCCAGUUUAAGCGACGAAAAAGAAAUUCAGCAGCAAACGAAUGGACAGACCAAGAUAAGAAGGAGGAGAUAACUGCAGAUCAUCAGGCACCAGCUGAUAAGCCUGAUGAUACGAUAAAGGUGGUGGAAAAAGAGACUAAACACAAGGAUGAAGAUGAAUCGAUACUGUUUCCGAAUAGAAUAAGCCAAGAUGACGAGCAUGAUAGGGAUAAUACGAAGGGUGAGACUGGUCCAGACGUCAAUUUUGAACAGCUUAGACUAAAAUCUAGGCAGAAGUAUCUAUCAGAGAGAGAGAAGAAGGAGAUGGUGUUGCUAAGAGAAGAACUAAAGGAUUUUGAAAGGGACAUUGAGAAAUUGGGCUGGGGCAACAUGUCUGAGCAGGAGCGUCACGAAUAUGAAAUUAAGAAAGAGAUCCUAUCGAUUUUUGACAGAAGAAGCCGAUUGGAGGAGGAGGAGGAAAGAGGAGGUGGGUCUUUUCUUAUCGAGGAUGAUUACGUUAACGAGGAAGGCCGAAUUGACACGAAACGGAAAGGUGAUGUCUUGGCGGGCAAAAAUCGACGAAUGCAAUUCCUAUUGGACGAGGAGCACGGCAAGAAACAUAAUCGGUUGAAGCAACUCUCGCAUUUCACAAAUCUAAAAAAGAAUGACAAGCAGCACGAAGAGAAGACCUACGAUUAUGUCUUUGACCAGGCACAGGCAGUCGAUUUUACAGGCGGUGAUGAGGAAGAUGAUGUUGACAGUAAGUUAACUGCAGAUGAAAAGGCAUUGUGGGAGAAAAUACGACAAGAGGAGGAACGAGUGAAGACGAUUGAAGAUACAAGGAAGAGUCUUCCGGUUUUCCAGUAUCGCGAUCAGCUAAUUGAAGCAGUGAAAAAGUACCCGGUGCUUAUUGUGGUUGGAGAAACGGGAUCGGGAAAAACCACGCAGCUUCCGCAGUAUCUAUAUGAGGCUGGGUUUGAUAAAGGCCCUCUAGGGAAGAAAGUUGCGAGAAAAGAUGGACAGAAAUUCAAGAUUGGAUGUACACAGCCAAGAAGAGUGGCAGCUACAGCAGUUGCAUCUCGUGUUUCGGAUGAGGUCGGAACGAGAGUGGGUGACCGGGUUGGCUACAGCAUACGAUUUGACGACAGGACAAGCGAGAAAACAGUGAUCAAGUACAUGACGGACGGUAUGCUCUUGCGGGAGUUCAUGUCUGAUCCGGAUCUCUCGGAGUACUCCGUGAUGAUGGUAGACGAGGCACACGAAAGAACACUGCACACGGAUAUACUAUUGGGGCUCUUGAAAGAGCUCUCAUCGGAGAGGCCCGAGUUCCGGUUGCUUAUUUCGUCGGCGACGAUGGACUCGGAGAAGUUCAGUGCGUAUUUCAACAAUGCACCGAUAUUCAACGUUCCAGGUCGCCGUUUUCCCGUCUCUAUCCACUACACGAUGCAGCCAGAGGCCAACUACUUGCACGCGGCAACCACAACGGUGUUUCAGAUCCAUUUUUCGCAGAAGGAAGGCGAUAUCCUCGUUUUUUUGACGGGCCAGGACGAAAUCGAGACCAUGGCGGCCAACUUAAGAGCCACGUGUGAGAAGCUUGCCGGGCAGAUGGAGCGGCAGUUGAUAAUUUGCCCGAUAUACGCAAAUCUCCCCCAGGAGCAGCAGAAACUGAUCUUCAUGAAGACCCCGGCAAACGCACGCAAGGUGGUGUUGGCCACAAAUAUCGCCGAGACGUCUCUCACGAUCGACGGGAUCGCAAAUGUGAUAGAUUGUGGAUUCGUCAAGGAGGACAGAUACAGCCCAGUCACCGGAAUCCAGUCUCUCGCCGUGGUUCCAUGCUCACGAGCCUCAGCAGACCAAAGAGCAGGCCGUGCAGGCCGUACGGGGCCCGGAAAAUGCUUCCGACUCUACACCAGGUGGUCGUACAUGAACGAAAUGGCGGCCACACCGACCCCGGAGAUACUCCGCACGAACUUGUCCGGGGUGGUCUUACAAAUGGAGUCUCUAGGCAUCACAGACUUGCUCCACUUCGACUUCUUGGACUCUCCAUCGCCAGAGGCACUCAUCAAGGCACUCGAGCAGCUUUAUUCGCUUGGUGCGUUGAACGAAAAGGGUGAAUUGACGCGGACUGGUGCAAAGAUGGCCGAACUACCCUGCGAUCCGAUGCUUGCAAGGUGCCUGCUUGCCAGUUCGAGCCUGAACUGUUGCACUGAGGUUGUUUCUGUGAUUUCGAUGCUCGAGGAAUCAAACUCCAUCUUUUCCGGACGCACGAGCAGAAAAGCUGGCGAAAACCCGUCGGCACAGCCGUCGGCAGCCACAAGUGCCGAGAAAUUUCGCACGAGAGCAGAUGCCCGAUUGGGCGGGGAUCAUUUGACUCUCUUGGAGAUCUGGAACCAGUUUGCAACCAACGGGUUUUCCCCGCAGUGGUGCCGGGACAAUUUUAUCCAGUACCGGGCGAUGAACCGCGCCCGGAACGUGAGAAACCAGCUCGCGAGGUUGUGCAGAAAGAUGAAUAUUUAUGGGGAGGAGGAAAUUGAAGGGCAGAAUGGGGCAGACAGCAUGAUCAGGAUGGAAAGCAUGUCCCGGGACGAGAGAGACAGGCUUAAAGUGCGUAUCAUGAAGUCGUUUGCCCGGGGCUUUUUUGCCAAUGCUGCCAAGCUCAGCAGAUCGGGUGAUUACUACCAGACUUUGAAGAAACACCAGCCCGUGUACGUUCAUCCGUCAUCGGCACUAUUCAGGAUGGUGCCCCCUCCGAAAUACGUGAUUUACAACGAAUUGAUGCUCACCUCGAAGGAAUUCAUGCGGAACUGCAUGCCGGUUAGCGAGAGGUGGCUUGGGGAGUAUGCGCCACACUAUUACAGGUCGAGUGGGGGCAAGUAA